UCUCCUUAGAAAGUCAUGGCGAUAACAUCAGUGCUGCGCCCAACCUGGCAAUACCUAACCAUACCUGGAUCAUCCUUCAUUGUGCAAAUGUGUCAGAUUGGAGACCUGCUGCCCCCUCCAACCUUUGAGACUGCUAUCUUUAGACUGGGGUAAAAAGUCUGCUUAACUGCGUCUGGAGCCGUUCUGAUGUCUUUGUGCCACAGUUCCCAGGUCUAGGAGCAUGGUGUGGACAUACUCAGGCUCUGGCAUUUCUGCAUUAGCUGCAUUGCCACCUAGUUUGCAGCAGCACUGCCAAGUUCAUCAUGCGUUAAUCCCUCAUGGAAGAAGCGGACGAUCCUCUGUUAGUGGCAUCGUGGCCACUGUCUUUGGGGCUACAGGUUUCCUGGGACGAUAUGUUGUCAAUCGUUUAGGUCGCAUAGGAUCUCAAGUGAUCAUCCCCUAUCGCUGUGAUCGGUAUGACCUUAUGUAUCUCCGACCGAUGGGUGACCUGGGGCAGCUUCUGUUCUUAGAAUGGGACUGUAAGGACAAAGACUCUAUCCGAAGAGCCGUGGAACACAGCAAUGUGGUCAUUAAUCUUGUUGGAAAGGAGUGGGAAACAAAAAACUUCAGUUUUGAAGAUGAAUUUGUAAAUAUUCCUAGAAGUAUUGCCCAGGUAACUAGGGAAGCUGGUGUGGAAACAUUUGUGCAUAUAUCUCACCUGAAUGCUAACAUGAAGAGUCCUUCCAAAUACCUUAGAAGUAAAGCUGUUGGAGAGAAAACGGUGAGAGAAGAAUUUCCAGAUGCUAUAAUUAUGAAGCCCUCCGAGAUGUUUGGGAGAGAGGACCGCUUUCUCAAUCAUUAUGCAAACAUGCGCUGGUUUGGUGGUGUGCCUCUUAUUUCUCUGGGCAAAAAAACAGUGAAGCAACCAAUAUAUGUGGUUGAUGUUGCAAAGGCAAUUAUUAAUGCAAUUAAGGAUCCCGAUGCUAAAGGAAAAACAUAUGCCUUGGCUGGACCGAAUCGAUACCUCCUUCAUGACUUGGUAGAAUACAUCUAUGCUGUUUCCUUCCGAACCUUUUUUCCAUAUCCACUUCCACGUCCUCUUUAUCAUUUAAUUGCAAGAUGCUUUGAGAUUAAUCCAUUUGAACCAUGGUUAACGCGAGACAAAGUGGAUCGGUUUCACACAACUGACAUGACAUUUCCUGAUCUUCCUGGUCUGGAGGACCUGGAUAUUCAACCAACACCUCUGGAACAAAAAGCAAUUGAAGUUCUGCGCCGUCACCGCAGAUACCGCUGGUUGGAGGCUGAGCUGGAGGAAGCAAAGCCAGCAAAGACAUAUCCCAUGUAACAAUUGCCAAGGCAGUUACUCAUGCUUGUUAAACUGCCUUUCUAUGACCUAGUUUGGAGAACUGUGUACAUACUGAGUAAAAUCUGUUAAUCACGUAAACUGUAUUUCACUAGUGUUAUUGUCUCGGUUUUAAUUAUGGCAGAAUUUCAGUGAUGUGUAAUACUUCUCUUUAAAAGGUCUUAAAGCAAAUUUGCAUAUUGUUCCUUAGUUUGUGAGCAUUAAAAUAUUGAGGUGAGGGACAAUAUGUCAUAACUCUCGGUCAGUUUCUCCCUAUGCUCUCAGAGCAAGCCUUUCACUGGGUUUUAGUAAGUGCUCUCUUUAAAUGAUUUGAAAAAAGUUACAGUUGAAAACUAUGUGGACUGGAAUAUGUCUUUUCCGAUAGGCAGAGCCAGUUCUGCCACCUAUUCAGAUUAUCAGGCAUGAAAUAAAACCAUUUUCUUAGUUGCUCUUGACUUUUUGAGCUUUGUUUUCCAUCUUCCCUGAGCUGAAUUAUUAUUAAAAAAAAAAAAAAAUCAACCAAAACAGUGUAUGAUGUUUCUAAGAUCAAGGAAGGUGGAUUAGAUAAGCAAACAAGUUACAUACAAACUGCAUAUCAGCUGGUCUCUUGUGAUAAUUCUGUGUGCUGUGGCUCAUAAGCAUGAGGAAAUGUGUAAUUUCCCCCAUUUUUGAAUCUGAGAAUCUCAUUAUUUUGAGAUGCUCAAAGCUUUUGUGUGUUGGGGCAUUGCCUUGAUUUUUGGCAAGGGAGAUGAGCUUUGUUUCAAAGUUGAAUAAUUAUUGUUAUUAUUAAAGAUCAAAGAAAGAAACC